UUUCAGGUUAUGGUCACAUAGCUCCAUCAACACAACAAGGUAGAAUAUUUUGUAUCUUCUAUGCAAUGAUUGGUAUACCACUUGUCGGUGUGUUCCUGGCGGCCAUAGGACAAACGUUAUCCAUACCAUUGAAGAAAUUUCGGAAACGAUCGAAAUCAAAAUGGCAACGUGUGCUGAAGACUGUUAUUAUAUCAAUUGUUGGAUGUUGUGUACUUGUGCUCCUGCCAGCUUAUGGCUUCCACAGAGCUGAAGAAUGGUCAUUGUAUGAAUCUAUUUAUUACGCUGUUAUAACAUUAACCACUGUAGGGUUCGGAGACUAUGUUGUAGGUCAGACUAAAGACUCAUACGCAGUGUGGUACCGGAUGGUCACAUUAGUGUGGAUAUUUGUUGGUUUAUCAUGGUUUGCAGUUAUAUUGUCAGAUAUAGGAGAUUAUUUCACAGAUAAAGUGAAAGAAAAUGAGCAGUCUAUUCGAAGGAGGAAACCUCAAGAGGUAGAUACAAUCAGAUCUAGGAAAAGUUCGCGUAGUAAUGGACAAUAUAAUAGUGCCUUCUCACAAAUCUGACAGCGUUUGUGUUACUAAAGACUAUACAAAAUAUAUAGACAAAGUGGUCACUUCAAACGUAGUGUCGUCUGCUGCAGUGACUUUUAACGUCAUAUUAGCCGCGUCACGACAAAACCAACAUAAUGGGUUUGCGACCACCAUGGAUCCAGACCAGCCUGCGCAUCCGCGCAGUCUGAUCAGGAUCCAUGAUGUUCGCUAUCAGUUUCUCUGCUUGUAAUAGGGUUUGUAAGCGAACAGCAUGGAUCCUGAUCAGACUGCGCGGACGCGCUGGCUGGUCUGGAUCCAUGCUGGUCGGAAACCCAUUAUGUUGGUUUUGUCGUGACGCGGCUCAAAAAUUAUAUGCAAUGCAGCGAGGGAAGUACCUCACAGUGAUCGAGU